AUGGGCGGAGUUGGAAAGACACAGGUGGCAUUAGAAUACGCCCACCAAAACGUAGAUAUAUAUGAUGUUAUCCUUUGGGUAGCGGCCGAUAAUAUCAUCACGAUUGGGCAGAACUUUCGAGAAAUAGCCCUUGGCCUACAACUUUACCAAGAUUCAGAUGAGAUAAAAGACUCGGCAGCAGCAAUUUGGAAAGUGAAGAAUUGGUUAAAUAAUUCAUCACUCCAUUGGUUAAUAGUGUUCGACAACGCUGAUGAUCUCCAGGCCAUUAAGAUAGCGUGGCCUGGGAGCUCUCAUGGCUCAAUACUUCUAACGACGAGGGAUUUCGAUGUUGCAAACAACCCCGCAGCUCAGUGUUUACAGGUGGAAUCAUUUGACGAUACGGAAGGCUCUCUAAUGUUGUUAAGACAAAUUGGACUAGAUUCAUCUAUUGCAGAAAACAUAGAAAAUGCGACCGCAAUCACCCAAACCCUUGGUGGCUUGCCCCUUGCCCUAAGUCAGAUCGGCGGCUUCAUAGCACAGAGAAGAUUGGGAUUGAAAGAUUUUCUUUCCCUCUAUGAGCGCAAUGCCACAAAGAUUGAUGUGAGAAAGACUAUCAAAGAUGACUAUGAGUAUACCUUAAAUACUGUCUGGGAUAUAUCCUUUCAGAAACUCCCUGCCAGUUCUACUAAAUUAUUGAACAUGCUGGUUUUCUUCGAUCCAGACGCGAUAGACGAAGCCAUAUUUCUGGAAGGAUCACAGACAGAGUUCGGAAUUGAAGCGGAUUUUGAUUUUGUGGCGGAUGAAAUGGAUCUCGGAGAUGCAGAACAGUCCCUGUUACAGGCUGCGUUGAUCAAUAAGACGAUGGAUCAGCCAGUACUUACUGUACACCGAUUAAUCCAGUCCGCUGCUAUUCGAAGAUUACCAAAUUCAGAUCGGCCAAGAUACUUCGAUACAGUGAUUCAACUCCUCUCCUGGGGCUUUCCUGAUACUUGGAGCAGAGAUGUAGGUCAUCAAAUAAAUGCCUGGAAGAAAUGCGAAAAGUGCCUACCACACAUUGGGCAUAUUGCUAGACUAUCCAAGAAGCAUGAUAUUCAGCCAACGAAUGUGCAGCAAUAUGCAGAGCUCCUCCUCCGUUGUAGUUGGUAUCUUUAUGAGCGCGAAACCUAUGACGUCGCGCGAAGUCUGGUAGAUGCCGCCGUUCAGACGUUUGAGGAUAAAUCGACCCUGGCAUAUGCAAGUGCUAUUGACCUAGCUGGGCUAAUCGAUCUAGACUUAUGCCAGCCAUCGCUUGCACUCAAGCCAUUUAAAGAAGCUCUAGAGCUUCGUAAGAAGCAACUUGGGCCAGACGAUCCGUUCAUUGCUUUUAGUCUGAACAAUUUAGCACUUGCGUACACUGAGAUGGGAAACCUAGAGGAAGCAUAUUCUACACAUCAGCAAGCUAUAGAAAUCAGGCUCCGUACAAACAGCGAUAGGAUCGGUAACUCAUACAGCAACAUGGCCAGCCUACUGUUGCGAAUGGGUAAGCCGGACGAGGCCGAAGAGAUGCUUGGGAGGUGCCCCUCUUUAAAAGACUUCACAGAUGAGACUUUCUUGAAUACCGGUAACCCACGUUUCUCUGGUGACAUGGUGCUCCUGUCCCGUAUUCGACUUAGACAAGGGCGCGUAGACGACGGACUACGGCUAGCAUCCAAAGCACUCGCGUUUCGUCAGAAGCUUUUAGGUAACCGAUUGAAGACCUGCGAUUCAUUGUACGAUGUAGCGUCUAUAUUACACCUACAGGGGCAUUCCGCCUCGGCCAUGUAA